ACACACACACACACACAGACACCCACACACACACAAACACACACACACACAGACACACAUGCACUGACAGACCCCCCUCUCACACAGGAGUAGAUAGAGAGCGGUGAAGAGCAGAAGGAGCUGGGUGGCAGGAGAGAUGCAGGAGGGCUGUUGGUGAUUGAACAAAGCCAGGAAAGCAGUGCGCAGUCCAGGGGAGAAGAGCAGCUGUGAAAUGCCUCGAAGGGAGCCUGCUAACAACUCCUGCAGAGAACUGAAGGUGUUGAGCUUCAGCUGAGGAUGGCAGGAGAUUCUCGAGUCCUCAUGGACCACAACAUGGAGAUAGGAGUCACACCUGCACAGGUAAAGAAGCUCCCUAAACACUUGCGGGAGGCUCAGAUCUCAACAGAGCGAACCCACUUGAUUUCUGACCCGGUGAAGAAGCCACGUCAGCGAUAUGUGCAAAAAGACGGAAAGUGCAACGUUCAUCACGGAAACGUGCAAGAGACCUACCGAUACCUCAGUGACUUGUUCACUACGCUGGUGGACCUACGCUGGCGUCUUAGUCUCUUCAUUUUCACCUUGGUCUAUAUAGUCAACUGGCUUUUCUUCGGCUUUCUGUGGUGGCUGAUAGCGCUCAUCCGUGGGGAUUUGGUGCACGCUGAUGAGGAGGGCUGGACCCCCUGUGUGGAGAACCUCAACAGUUUUGUCUCAGCUUUCCUCUUCUCCAUUGAAACAGAGACCACCAUUGGGUACGGUUAUCGUGUAAUCACAGAAAAAUGCCCUGAGGGUAUCAUACUGCUUUUGGUGCAGGCUAUCUUGGGUUCCAUUGUUAACGCCAUGAUGGUGGGCUGCAUGUUUGUCAAGAUCUCACAGCCAAAGAAUCGCGCCGAGACCCUCAUGUUCUCGCACAAUGCUGUCAUAUCGGUGCGAGACAACAAGAUGUGCCUGAUGUUUCGGGUGGGGGACCUGAGGAACUCUCACAUCGUAGAAGCAUCGAUCAGAGCAAAGCUGAUCCGCUCGCAGCAGACCAAGGAGGGGGAGUUCAUCCCGCUCAACCAGACUGAUAUCAACAUUGGCUUUGACACGGGAGACGACCGGCUGUUCCUGGUGUCACCGCUUAUCAUCUCUCACGAGAUCAACCAUAAGAGCCCCUUCUGGGAGAUGACAAUGGCGCAAAUCGAGAAGGAAGAGUUCGAGAUCGUGGUUAUCCUUGAGGGCAUGGUGGAGGCCACAGGGAUGACAUGUCAGGCUCGAAGUUCCUACCUGGACACAGAGGUGCUUUGGGGCUACCGCUUUACACCGGUUCUCUCCCUGGAGAAGGGCUUCUAUGAGGUAGACUACAACAACUUCCACGAUGUUUAUGAAACCAACACCCCUACCUGCAGUGCCAAGGAGCUAGCUGCUAAGCUUCGGGAGGGGCCACUAUUGCCUCAGCUUUCACUCCGCAGCCCUGAGCCCAAAAUGCAUACUUUUGACUCCCUAAACCGCAUGUCAGAACAGGACCCACUCAGCCCGGAUGAGGACAAGGAGGAAAGAGAUUUAGGGGGUGACAGAGGAGAGACCAAUGGCUCAGCUGCUGCUUUGGAGGAUCCGCCGCUUGCUGAUGGACUGCCUGGCUGAUGUGACUGACGGCCACAUCAGCUAAAAUCCCAGGACAGAGACUGGACAGGAGGACAGGACAAUAAUGCUUCAUUUAGUCAAUGGCCAGCUUUGUUCCUUUGCAUUGCUUGGAGAUACAAGACAUCUGUCUCCAGUCCCCGAUUCAUGCAAUACUCCUCUACUAGAGUGUCAAUUUAUAGCAUUGAUUGGUUUUGUAGACACGUAAGUAACAUAAACAGACACACGUACAGUAUCUAUAUCUACACUUACAGGUUGGUGGCUCAGAUUUUCUUUUUUAUAAACACAACGACCACUUACUGCUGUAACAGCUCAAGUUGUAUAAUGUUAACUUGAGCUGAAACUGGUAGCCAUAACAGAGUGCCAUGGGCUUAUUAUGAAUGCGCCGAUAUUCUCAUUUUAGAGUGUGUUGAUUCAGCUAAAAUCAAACAGUCUCAGUCUCAUAACUCAGCUAAUGUGUCUGACGGCACGCUUCUGAGUGAUAAUGAAACCUUGUUAUUGAUGAUUUUUAAAAGUUGUGGGGGAUUAUUAUUUCCUUUUUCUGUCAGGUUUGUUAUUAUUCUGUGUCAGAAACCCAAUUCACCCGGGAGGAAAUGUUUAAGGCUUCUAGUUUGCAUAGGAAAGAGAAGACGCAGGAAAUUGUUCUACAAAAGACACUAUGUAGUGGCAAUUUGUUUUCUCACAGUAGUUCACAACUUCCUCAUGGUUGCACAUGGUUGUCAUAUAUAUUUUCAUUGUUUGUCUGAUUGUCUCCCUAACAUACUGGGAGCCUUGACCCAAAAGAAACCAGCUAGUACUUAAUUUUACACUCAUUUUUGAGUUUGAAAUUAACAAUAAGAACCAGGCAAAUGCUAGUAAAAAGCUGUAUAUGCCACUAACUGACUAGUUUGAAAACUACUCAACCUUUUAAAGAUUUAAUUUCCCUUCCCACUGCAGCAACCAAAACAUUAAUUCCAAGCCUCUUUCUUGGUACGCAAAGCACAACUUCCCAUGAGGUGACUCCACACUGACCUGACUCCUCUGCUGCUGGCUCAUGCAUGUCAGUCCUAGGUACAAUAAA